GAAUUCGCAUAUACCGAUUGUAGAGUGCAGAGCAGUUUUGAGUAAAACUCUAAUUAGAACACGCAAUUACCAUAAAGUGAAUAACGAGACGGCGAUCAGAAUGUUUGGAAAAAAAAUUUUAUUAUUAUUCAGUCUGUUCGUGCUAGUCGCGAUGGCACAAUCUGACAAAUUUGUUGGUGGUCCGGAGCCAUUAACUGGAGAUGACUUAAAAGAGGCUGAAGAACUGUUAGCGACUUCUUUAGCUGAGAUAGCUGGCGGUGACGUACCACGUUAUAUAAUUGUGAAAGUGAUCCGCGCUACACGUCAAGUUGUUGCUGGAACGCUUUAUAAUAUCAAUGCAGAGCUUUCGGAUAAUCAAAACAAUACAAAAUCAUGCAUAGUCAAAAUAUGGACUCGACCUUGGAUACCAAAUUCUACAGAAGUUACUCUUCAAUGCGAGGGUGAAAACGAGAUUACGAAAACUUACUAAGCGAAUGAAUAUUGAAGCAAUCAAAAUUAAAUCUAAUUAAAUUUAAUUAUCAAGCAAAGAAUUUACUUUACAUAUCAUUGUAUGCAAAUUAGUAUUAUUUAAAUUGACUGCUUUGCAUUAAUAAAAAAUUUUCAAAAAUAUA